AGCAAAGACACUGGACGAGAGGACGGUGAAGGUCCGGAUAGAAGAGUUGCUUUGCAGAGGGCCAGUGACAUGGAGGUAACCAUGAUGUGCAGCUCUCUGAGUCCCAAGCAGGUAAUUGGCCCAGGCCUGACCGACAUGCAGCAGUACAACCAAUGGCUGACCAGCCGCCACGAAGCCAGCCUUCUGCCAUUGAAGGAAGACCUGGCCCUGUGGCUCACCAACAUGCUGGGUCUGGAGAUCACAGCAGAGAACUUCAUGGAGCGUUUGGACAAUGGCUUCCUGCUGUGCCAGCUGGCUGAGACUCUACAGGAGAAGUUCAAGCAGAACCAAACCAAGAACCAUGGAGAGGUGCCUGGCGCUGGCCAUGGAAAGGCCAUCCCGUGUCGGAGGAUCCCGUGUCGUGCCAGUGCUCCCUCUGGUUCCUUCUUCGCCAGGGACAACACAGCUAACUUCCUGACCGGGUGUCGUCAGGUGGGGGUGGGAGAGACCUGCCUGUCUGAGUCUGAGGGACUGGUUCUUCACAAGCAGCCACAGGAAGUGUGUCUGUGUCUCCUCCAACUGGGAAGGAUAGCAUCUCGGUACAACGUGGAGCCUCCUUGGCUUAUCAAGCUGGAGAAGGAGAUAGGUGAAGGUAGGGGUCCUCCUGUACCCCCCCCAUCCCCCUCUCCAUCCCCCUCUCCAACCCCCUCUCCAUCCCCCUCUCGAACCCCCUCUCCAACCCCCUCUCCAUCCCCCUCUCCAACCCCCUCUCCAACCCCUCUGUCGUCUAGCCAGAAGAGCACAGGGAAGCUGUUGGAUGAUGCAGUGAAGCAUAUCUCGGAGGACCCUCCCUGCAAGUGUCCCAAUAAGUUCUGUGUGGAGAGACAGGCCCAGGGCCGCUACCGCGUUGGAGAGAAGAUGCUCUUCAUGAGGAUGCUACACAACAAGCAUGUGAUGGUGCGUGUGGGAGGAGGCUGGGAGACCUUUGAGAGUUACCUUCUGAAACACGACCCAUGUCGGAUGCUCCAGAUCUCCAGAGUGGAGGGGAAGACGUCUCCCAUGUCCUCCAAGGACCUCACCUCAAACAGCUACCUAGUGGUGGCAGCACACCACCGCAGCAAUGAGUAAAGAUGGCCGCACACUACCGCAGCAAAAAGUAAAGAUGGCCGCACCCCACCUCAGCAACAAGUAAAGAUGGCCGCACCCCACCUCAGCAACUAGUAAAGAUGGCCGCACCCCACCGCAGCAACGAGUAAAGACGUCCGCACCCCACCGCAGCAAUGAGUAAAGACGUCCGCACCCCACCUCAGCAACUAGUAAAGAUGGCCGCACCCCACCUCAGCAACUAGUAAAGACGUCCGCACCCCACCUCAGCAAUGAGUAAAGACGUCCGCACCCCACCUCAGCAACUAGUAAAGACGUCCGCACCCCACCUCAGCAACUAGUAAAGACGUCCGCACCCCACCUCAGCAACUAGUAAAGAUGGCCGCACCCCACCUCAGCAACUAGUAAAGAUGGCCGCACCCCACCGCAGCAACGAGUAAAGAUGGCCGCACACCACCCCAGCAAGAAGAUGGCAGCAAUUCAACCGCUGAAAACCUUCCCACUUGGCUGCCAACAGAUUUUCUCGUGGAGUUUUCAUUCAAUAGGGUUUUCAGUACAUUUAACUAAAGCCAUCCCUUUAAAUAUGGUGUACCUUUAAUUAGAAUUUUGUCGCCAGACUCACUAGAAUAUGGAGAGAACGGUUCAGAAUAUUAGGGGUCAAUGAAAGAAAAACAUUUCAGUCUCCGUUUCAGCACCAAUUGGUGGAUUUAAGAAUACUCUGAUCUUGUAUAUUAUUUAGGGAUUAGGAAAGUAUUCUGAACAAAAAUAUCAAACGCAACAUGCAACAAUUUCAAAGAUUUUGAUGAGUUACAGUUUUAUAUAAGGAAAUCAGUCAAUUGAAAUAAAUGCAU